CGUUUGAUGGGAAAAUCAAAUUGAACACAACAUGCAAAAAAAAAAAAAUUUAUUUCCACAUUCAAUCUAGGAGUACUUUUUACCUUUGGAUAACAAAUUCCACUUUAUUGUAAAUAAAAAAGAAAAUGUCUUCGUUACGAGUUCUUCGCGCUUUUUCUACACGUGCUAACACAGCAAAGUUUGCCGCUAAUGCAACCUACCCUAAAACUGUUUUGAAUACUUCAGUUUAUUUUCGCUCCUUUGCAAUUCCAAAUUUGAAACGUGCUUAUAGUACUGAACAAACAGAGCAAAAAACUGGUGGUGGUAGCAGCGGUGGUGAUAGCAGCGGUGGUAGCAGCGGUAUGCUUUGGUUGGGAGCAGCUGGUCUUUUAGGAGCAGGAGUGGGAUACUAUUUUUACAGUACCAACAAUGGUGGUAUUUUAGAAAAAACUCAAGUGCCUAUAAAACCAAAAACUAUUGAUUAUCAAAAAAUUUAUAAUCAAAUAGCUGAUAUUUUAGAAGAUAACGAUUGGGAUGAUGGUUCUAAUGGACCAGUUUUUGUUCGUCUUGCAUGGCAUGCGGCCGGCACUUAUGAUAAAGUAUCUAAGACCGGUGGCAGUAAUGGUGCUACCAUGAGAUUUUCUCCCGAAUCUGAUCAUGGUGCUAAUGCAGGACUUAAGUUUGCUAGAGAUAAAUUGGAACCUAUUAAACAAAAAAAUCCAGAAAUAUCUUAUUCUGAUUUAUGGAGUUUAGCUGGUGUUACCGCUAUUCAGGAAAUGGGAGGUCCUACAAUUCCAUGGAUUCCCGGACGUAAGGAUGCUGACGCCGCAACAGCUUGUUCUCCUGAUGGUCGUCUUCCCGAUGCUACUAAAGGUCCAUCUCACAUUCGGGAUAUUUUUUAUCGAAUGGGAUUCGAUGAUCGUGAAAUUGUAGCACUUGUUGGGGCUCACGCUUUAGGUCGUUGUCAUCCUGAUCGAAGUGGUUUUGACGGUCCAUGGACUGCUAGUCCUACAAUGUUUACAAAUAAUUUCUUUACCGAACUUUUGGGUAGAAAGUGGGUUGAAAAAAAAUGGAAAGGUCCAAAACAAUAUAUUGACAAAGAGACUGGUGAACUUAUGAUGCUUCCCGCUGACAUGGCAUUGAUGCAGGAUAAAAAUUUUAGACCAUGGGUAGAGAAAUAUGCUAAAGAUGAAGAAUUAUUUUUCAAAGAUUUCGCUGCUGCAUUCCAUAAGCUUUUAGAAUUAGGUAUACCAAGAACCGGAGAAGAAAAAGUUUAUCAUUUUAAAAAAACCGAUGAAUCAUCUUAAACAUCCGUUUGUUUUGUAAAAUAAUUUUUGUAUUGCGUAAAAAAAUAUGUGUAUGUGAAAAAGAAUAUAUUUAUGUUUUUAUUUAUUAUCCUUUUCUGUGGGCGUAAAAUAAAAUGCCUUGAGAUUAUGAAAAUCACAUGCGUCGUCAAUU